AUGUCAAAUGAUAAUGACUUAACUUUAUGGUACUUUAAUGUCUUUGAUUCUUCAAAAAUAGGCUACAAGACACUUGAAAGCUUGACUUCACGUUCAGAGAAGUUUGCAAAUGUGAUCACUACUGAUGGUUAUGCUGUAUCCUUUAUGUUUAAGAAAGCCGUCGCUAUCCAAGAUGAAUCUAAAAGAGAACCAAACACACCCAGUAUAUCAACUAUCUUUACUGCAGUAGUCUCUACAGAGCAUGAACGUAUCCGAACUACAAACUUGGAAGAAUACUAUCAUUUAUGUGGUUACAGUAUUGCUACAAGAAGACGAAAAGAAUACCAAGAGUGCCAUUUAGACGAAUUUAAGUAUAUUAGCGAAUUACCUACUUUAAAAACUGCAAACUUGACCUCAUUUUUAUUAGCUGCCUCUAUACGUCUACGAAGCUAUCAAAGAAUCCAUAACAACUAUUGCCAACAUAAAUGCAUAGGCCUUAAAAGCUACAGUUCAAGACUUAUAUCAACAAGCAAAAAGGAACUCAAGAAAUUGUUAAAAGGCUCUUUGACAACAGUAAGAAAUAUAGCACAUCAAGCACAUUUGGCGCUAAAACCAAACCCCAAACAAAAGCAAACAUGUACCUCUACCUCCUCUCCGCAGAAGCGGACCAUUGCGUUUGGAAAUGGUUCUUUUGGUUCAAGUAUGAAAGGAAAACGAGCUGCACCUACUAGACGUAUUACUGAGGAAAUCGAACGAAAAUGCAAACAAUCUAAUGGGGAACCACAUUUGAUUAUGUUGACGAGCACUUCACAAGUGUAA